AGUAUUUCCAGUUAGUAAUCUGUGGCCAAGUAGUUCAGAAGGUGUGGGGGAAUAAUGACAAAAAUGAAAAAUAAAUAUUCUAUACUUUUACCUACCUACAAUGAAGUAGAAAAUCUUCCGAUGAUAAUAUGUCUUUUAGUAAAAUAUAUGAAAAAUAGUGGUUAUAAUUAUGAAAUUAUUAUUAUUGAUGACGGUAGCCCAGAUGGAACAAUGGAAGCGGCUGUACAAUUGCAAGCUAUUUAUGGCAAGGAUAAAAUAUUACUACGACCAAGAGAAAAAAAAUUAGGAUUGGGAACAGCUUAUAUAUAUGGCAUCAAACAUGCCACUGGAAAUUUUAUUAUAAUCAUGGAUGCAGAUUUAAGUCACCAUAUAGCUGUUUAUAGUGGUUUCAAGGCUAUCAUGACCCUUGUUGAUAUUUAAAAUACCAUGGUUUUUUGGGUUAUUAUGUUAAGGCAUAACAAAUUAUGUACCUGGUCACCACCAGUUGCAGACUUACACUGCACUUCCUUAGCAUGAAUCUUCGAUCUGCUCUUAUUGUUUUCUGGCAAGGCUCUGUGGUGGCAGACCGCCAUUAGAACCCAGCUGUUUUUUCUGACCAAUAAAUGUUCAGCAUUUAUAAUCCCUUUUUCAAUUAGAAAAUUUAAUUUUCACAACACACCUUUUUUACAAUCAACUG